CGCAGCAAUAGUCCACUCAAGGGACCAACUAUCCGUUCCUGCAAUUCAUCGAAGAAGAUGGCAGAAAAUGCUGCUGAGGUGAAGCAGACACCUCAAGCUCAAGUUGGGGAGAAGAACCAGGCCGCCGAGAAGAGCGAGAAGAAGGCGGAGCUGAAGCCGGAUGAGGCGAAGAAGCUCAUCGAGUUCAUGGAGAAGAAGUACGACGACCACGUGGCGAAGGUGGACUCCUUCGACGACUUCUACCACGCCAUCUACGAGCUCAUCCAGAAGUUCUGCGAGGAGCGCGGGCAGGUGCAGUACAGGAUCCCGCCCAGGGAGAAGCUGCAGGAGGUGUACACGAAGCACCACAAGGCGGGGAGCGGCGAGGUGAAGCGGGAGGAGUUCGCGAAGAUGAGCGGGGAGCUGGUGAAGCGGGACAGCUUCAGCUUCGGCAAGGCGACGACGGAGCUGCUCAUGUUCCUGUUCGGCGCGCCCAUGUGUGCGCUGGUGGCCAAGCGGGUCCUGCCGGGGCUGGGGUGGCUCUCCGACGACACCGUCAUCCCGCUCGCCACCUCCGGCGCCGUCGCCUUCCUCGUACACACCAAGAAGCUCUGAUCGAUGAAGCAUGAACCGAGUGAUUGUAUAUGGAUAUGUGGCAGUAAAAUAAUGCGACGGCUCGGGGCUCAAAUACUGAAGCGAGCACAGAUUUAACUGCACUAGUUGACAAGUACUACAUCAGAGUAUAUAUCAGACUGCUGGUUGUUUUUC